AAGCAGUACGCCUGCCAGGAGCUGCAGGGGGUGUAGUCUGUUAGUUGAGGCUAGGGUUACGCUUCUCUUUCAUUUCACUCAAUCUGAAGAGCACUUUCGCUUGAAUUAUGAGUGGAAAAGUUACCUUAUUCGUCUCCGAUAUCUCAGGAAACAAGGAGACUAAAAAACGUCAACAACACAUGCGCACUCAACUAGAGGCACAUAAAGUGCCUUUUGAUGUAAUUGAUGUUGCACAAGAUUCUGAUGCUUUGGAUAGAAUGAGGGAACUUGUGGGAGAUGAAGAAGCUCUAGCUCCUCAGAUUGCCAAUGGUGAUGAGUACUGUGGGGGCUUUGAAGAAUUUGAAGCUGCCAUUGAAGGAGAAAAUCUAGGAGAAUUCCUGAAACUGAAAUAAAAAUUUUACAG